CAUUGUCUACGAUAAAAGAGUGUUAAUGAUUGUGAACAUAACCUUACUUUCGGGAAGUUGUUUUUGAGGUUUUUACCGCCAAUUUGUCUGCGUCUGGCGUCGGAUCGGCAGCUUGAGGCUUAAAUAAAGAGAAAUUAUAGGCGGAAAGUGAAAGUGAAGUGUAAUUACCUGAUUUUUUACUGAGCUGUGUUUGACACGAUCUGUUGAGGAGGCUUAUUUGAGCCGGGCUAAUUGCACUCAUGACGACCUUAUCUAAGCUGGAGGCCAGCCUGCCGUGUCGCUCCGCCCAGAUCGGCCAACUUUAUAAUCUGUAUGGACACAAAGGGGAGCCUUUUCCCGAUAGCGUUUACAUUAGCGGAGGUCCGAGUGUGGGUAAAUCCAUUGUGGUCCGGACGGUUCUGCAUGAACUGGGCGUGAAAUACGCCGUUAUCAACUUGAUCGAAUGCUACACCACGAAAAUCCUCUUUGAAACCAUCUUGAAUAAACUGGUCGGGCUUGGCGAUUCCAGAUGCGACAACAUGAUGGAUUUCGUCGAUAAUUUACGAAGGAACCGAGCCGCACUAGUUGAAUCGGUGCUAAUUAUCGACAAAGCGGAGAAGCUGCGAACUAUGGAUUUCAACUUAUUCCCGGGCUUCCUCAAGCUGAAGGAGCUCACCGGGGGGAUUCCCGUAAGCGUCGUCUUCCUCUCGCAAAUCAUCCUCCAGAAGUUCUACUCGCGGAGCAGCGUCGUGGAGCCGAUCCAGAUCCACUUCCCGCAGUACAGCAAGGACGAGCUGCUGGAGAUCCUUUCGUCAGACAUCGAUUAUGCUCGCACCGCCGUGACGAACGCCUUCCACUUCGAUUCAAACUUUUAUCAAAAUUACCUGAACGCGUUCCUUUCAGUUUUUUAUCGCCACUGCAGAGACUUAUCGGAGCUGCGGUACGUCGCUCGAACGAACUUCCUCAACUACUGCCAGCCGAUCCUCAGGAACGAAAACACCGUCGAGGACUCCAUGGCGCUGUGGCGGAAAGUCGCCCCAUUUCUCAAACAAGCCCUUCAGAAUCUCUACUUGCGGGUUUCCUCGCCCCAGCUCCCGGAUAAUCUCGCGCAGAAUCUCGAGUUGCCUUUCUAUGCCAAGUAUCUACUCAUUGCCGCCUAUUUGGCCAGUUAUAAUCCGGCGAAAGACGAUAAGAGACUUUUCAUGAAAUAUCACGGCCGGAAGACGAAAACUAUGAGGGACGUCAAGAGGAAGAAUAAAGUCACGGAACAAUUGAAUACGUUGCUCGGGCCCAAACCUUUCAGUUUUGAUAGAUUGUUGGCGAUUUUUUAUUCCAUUGUCGACGACAAGGUUGGGUUCAACAAUAAUCUCCUCGUUCAAGUGUCGAGCUUGGUUGAAUUGCAAUUACUUUCGAGUUUGUCGGACGGAUCGACUUUGGAUGGAGCCAAAUACAAAUGUAACGUCAACUUCGAUUUUAUUCAGAUGGUUGCGAAGAUGGUCGGGUUUAAUAUUAGGAAGUAUCUCAGUGAUUUCAGUCACAUGUAAAUGAAUAAAGUUUUGCACAGAGAA